CUCAAUUUGCAUACCUUAUCCCUUGAACACUUACGAACAGCUUGGUGCACUGUGAACCCUUUCAAAAGUCAACGAUAGCUUUAUUUGAAUAACCUUCUACCUAAAGAAGAAAAUGAUGGCUUGUGCUGAGUUUUCUUUUCAUGUGCCAAGUCUGUCAGAGCUUGCUGAAGUUAUGCAGAAGGGGCUAAAAGAUAAUUUUGCUGAAGUCCAGGUUUCUGUAGUUGAUUGUCCUGAUUUGACUAAGGAACCAUUCACCUUUCCUGUAAAAGGCAUCUGUGGGAAAACUAGAAUUGCAGAAGUGGGAGGUGUGCCUUACUUAAUGCCUCUUGUAAACAAAAAAAAAGUUUAUGAUCUGAAUAAGAUUGCAAAAGAAAUCAAGUUGCCUGGAGCUUUUAUGCUUGGAGCAGGGGCAGGCCCAUUUCAGACUCUUGGGUUCAAUUCUGAGUUUAUGCCAAUUGUUCAAACAGAAAGUGAACACAAUCCUCCUGUGAAUGGAAGUUACUUUUCCUACAUUAACCCUGCAGAUGGAGGGUACCUACUAGAGAAAUACAACAAGAAAUACCACGAUUUUGGAUGUGCAUUAAUGGCUAAUCUUUUUGCCAGUGAGGGUCAACCUGGGAAGGUAAUUGAGGUAAAAGCCAAAAGAAGAACUGGACAACUUAACUUUGUGACUUCUAUGAGACAGACUCUGGGAAACCAUUAUGGAAACAAGCCUGUAGGGAUGGGAGGUACUUUCAUAGUUCAGAAGGGAAAAGUAAAGGCUCAUAUUAUGCCCACAGAAUUUUCUUCUUGUCCAUUGAACUCUGAUGAAGAAAUAAAUAAAUGGCUGAAUUUUUAUGAGAUGAAGGCUCCUUUGGUUUGUCUACCAGUUUUUGUCUCCAAAGACCCAGGGUUUGACUUGCGACUGGAACACACUCACUUUUUUAGUCAUCAUGGAGAAGGUGGACACUACCAUUAUGACACUACUCCAGAUACAGUGGAAUAUCUUGGAUAUUUUUCACCUGCAGAGUUUCUCUAUCGCAUUGAUCAACCAAAAGAGACCCAUGGCUUUGGGAGAGAUUAAAUCAUCUGAUGCUUCUUUAGAAAAAGAAAUAAUGGGCCCAGGAUUUAGCUCAGCAGUGUAAGCACCUGCCUGGCAAGUGUGAGGUCGUGAGUUAGAUCCUCAGUACAAAAAAAAAGGAAAAAGAAAAAGAAAUGAUGAAGGUUAAAUAACUAACUCACUAACUUAUAUUAAUAUAAAAUAUUACUGGGUGUGCUGGUAGACACCUGUAAUCCAGCACUCAAGAAGCUGAGGCUGGAGAACUGCUGUGAAUUUGAUGCCAGCCUGGGCUAUGUAAUGAGUUCAAGGAUAGGCUGAGCUACAUACUAAGACCUUGUCUCAAACAAACAAAACUAGUCUAAUAAAAUUUAUUACUUAAACUUUUUCCUUCUUUUUGGCCUUUCAAAUAUUUCACAAAUCUUUCCAAAAGAGAUUACUGGGAACACAGAUACAUAAUUGAUAUGUUCAUUUUCUUUUUUUACAUGCAUACCUUUAUGUAUUCAUUCUUUUUUGGUAUCCAGAAUUGAAAUCAGGACCUCAUGCUUGCCAGUCAGGUGCUGGACCAUUGAGCUGUAUCUCCAGCCCUACAUACUUUUACUGAGCCAACUUCAUUUUUUUUUUUUUUUUAUCAGUACCAGGGAUCGAACUCAUGACUGCCUGCUUGCAAGGCAGGUGCUUAUGCCGCUGAGCUAAAUCCCCAGCCCCCGCCAACCUCAUUUUUAAAAAAUUCUAUAGUAUCAGCAAAGUCUAUUGUAUGUUUUUACCUUUAAUAUCAACAUGAUCAAGAAUCACCUAGUUUUUAAAAAAAAGAAUCACCUAAUUAUUUCUACUACCUGGUAAUAAUAACUUAUACAAUGUAUAACAUUAUUAAAUUCUUCAAAUUAGUCUCACAA